AUGCAUUGGUUUGCUGUAAAUGGGCGACCGUUGGCGCGCUGGCUGCAGCGGCGUGCAGCCACAGCCACAGCCGCGGCCCCACACAGCUGGCCGGCUGGCCGGCUGGCCGGCUGGCGGGCUGCACGCGCCUCCCGGCCCGGCCCGGCCGCCUUUGUCUCGCGCCCAGCGGCCGCCGCCGCCGCCGCCGCCGCCGCCGACCCCGGCCGCUUCCGCCAUCCGGCGACGCGCACUACGUGCACUCACCCGCGUAAAUCUCUUGACGCUUCACCGCAGUGCUCACCUCGAGAAAUUGCGAUGGCAUUAAGGGAAGAUCCCGGCGAGAAGAUUAGAUUAACGGCAGCACGGCACACGUCAGAUCGUGGGGGAGAGCGCACGGGAGCUGGUUCGGUGCAGAGCCCGCUGCGCCGCCCCACGGCAGCGGCGGCGGUUUGCAUGCGCCGGGCGGCCCCUGCGCCGCCCCAAUCUGCGUCGCCAUCGGCCCCUGACGCCGCCGCCGCCGCCGCCGUCGCCUCCAGCGCAAAUGAAUUCCUCGCCGGACAGCAUCGCGUCACGCGCCGCACUCAGCCUCUGGGAAUCCCCUCCGGGCAGCACCGUGCAGCGCAGUGCUCCGACACGCGGUACAACCUGUUUCGCUGCAAAGCGGGGGUGCCCGCCCAGAGGCCUGUGCCGGGCGCUCCCGGACGCGUGCCGGAGAGCAGUUUUUGCGAGCGCGGCCAGCACGUGCCCCGCUCGGCGACCGCAGUCGCUCCCCGCUGA